GGUGAGGAAAAACAGACUAAGGCUGUGUGUCGACUUAUCUGAUGACACACAAAAACCUAGUGGGUAACCAAGUUCCUUUUCUGCAAAAAAUAAAGAACAAAAAGGAAGAAAGACUAUUAGGCGUUUGAGGCUGAAACCAGUGAACACAGAAACACUGAGAGGCAGCAAGAAGUGCCAAAGAAGGAAGAAAGAAAACAAAUAUCUGUAUCAAAGAUCAUGGGAAACAUACAUGGACAACACAGCUACUGCCUGCUUAUAGUCUUUUGUGUGAAGGGCAUCCUGGCUGGUGAUUGGUCCAUCCGCAUCCCAUCUGGUCCCAUUUGUGCUGUGGUUGGCUCUUCAGUUGUCCUCCCUUGUUCCUAUGACUACCCCCAGACCUCAAAAGAAACUAAAGGAGGGCUCUCAGCUCAGGUUACAGGAAGUCAACAGGUGCCAGACUACAAAGUGUUGAAUGAAAUGUGGUGCCUUGACGAAAGCCGCUGUAUUACACAAAGAUAUGUGUUCCACAGUGCGGGAAUAUUUCCAGAACCCUCAUAUCAGAACAGAGUGGAGUACCUUGGACAGUCAGGAACCAAGAACUGUUCUCUAAGGAUCAAUGACCUGAAACAGACCGACACUGGAACCUACGUCUUCUACCUCAUCACCAACCACCCAACUGAGAAAAUGCCUGCUCAGACAGGCGUGAAGCUGCUGGUAACAGCUCCUGUCUCAUCUCACUCUACACAGAGCAAAGCUCUGAUUAUUGGAGUUUCUGUUGGAAUCCUGCUGGCUGUUUUAGCUGCAGUGGCCUUGCUAAUCAUGAGGAGGCAGAAGUCAACAAGGGAUCGAUCAUAUGCACUUACUGAAACAAUCUCGUCGCAAUCUUAAUGAUUCAGCAAGAACAAAAGAGUCAUUACACAACAUGUGUUAGGUAUAUUUUUGCGUUGUGUUUAAGCCUCUGUUGUUUGUCCAUGCACUGUUUUAGCUGUGCAGCUUAGUGUUUCUUGUUUUAUAUCUUUAUGAGAGUUUUCAGGAUGCAGUUAAUAUUUUUGUCAUUUUAUGUAAGAUGUGAAGUAUAGAAUAUAAAUGUUCGCUUAUGCAA